AUGCAGGCGCUUCCGGAUGGAUGGAGCGAACAAACACAAGCAUAUUGGGAAGCCUGUAGCCAGAUUAGGCCCGAAUAUUUCGUGCAUGAUAAUGGAUAUGCGCUUUCUCACCUCAUGAAUGCCAUCGAGGUCAUGGACCCUAUUAUGGACGCAGGUAUGGCCUGCCCGACUGACAUGAUACCCGAAAAAGAGCGUGUGCCGCACCAUCAUGGUCCUUUUCCCAGCCUUUCGUGUCAAGAUAUAUGCUGGGUGCUAGACCGCUUUGUCGCUUGUGAACUCGACUGGUUGCAUGGCGCUGCACUGGUGCAAACCAUUUACACAAGCACAUUUUUUCAUGAGCACGUCUUGCUCGGUACGCAAACGGGGCGGCAUUGGAGUCAAACGGUCUUGGUAGCCUACAUUUUUGCCACAGUCAAAGGAUGCGGCAUACAAUGGAAUGAGCUGGCUAAGCAGCUAGUACUGGACCAGGAAGACUAUUGCAGCGAUACAGGUGGCAUCGCCUUUCCUGAUGCGCAUUCUGUCUCGUCCAUUGUCGACCGACUCGAACAGGCUGCUGUUGAAGUGAAACAGCAGCUGGACCUUGAUGAGGCUUCUAGUCUUUCUAUGCGUCUCGCGUUCCGAAAACACUGGUUGUUGUGCCUCUCGGCUUUGGCAGCCGAUGUCCCCGACAGUAUGGAUGUGCACAUUCAUCUAGAGUCAUGUAUGCAACUGUGGGUGGCGAUAUCGACCUCCAAGUACCCGUUACAAGCUUCAGCGAUGCUUGAAGCACCUCAACACCUGCACGUGUUUUUUGACGUGGCGUUGAGCCGCACGCUUUCGUCACACAUCCCUAUGCGACCUGUCGCGCCGCCAGAUAGGCAGCAGGUACUUGAUGGCUGGCACCGCAUUUUGUUCAAAGAAAUGCCUAUACCUUUGCGACUUCUUGCAUCCACUGACGUACUAGCUUGGAAGUCACUACUUGAGUGCGCCGCCGUGACCUUCCAGCGGCAGCAGGCGCCUGUGCCAUUGGUCCGCUCCUUCAUCCAAACUAUGGUGGCUAAUGGGUACACAGUGAUGGGUGGAACGCAUGAUACCGAGCAUCUUGCAGUCAACCUGCUUGAGACGUGGCGAAGCAUCUGCGUGCAAAAUAUUAUGGUGCGCCUCGAAUGGUAUCAACACAGACAGCCUACUAGCGUACUUCCCAAAAUGUUGUCGCAGUUCUUGCAGCGACUCGGCGCAUCCAUCGCCCAAACUUUGAGAAUAUUUGCUCAAAAUCGCGCGCGUCAAAGACGCUCUUUCAGCAAAGCCUAUUCGUCGUGGAUGGACCUGCUUGACUUGGCGAGCACUCUUACCUCCAGGAUCAACGAUAUCGUCCCGAUCCCGGGCGAUGCACUGACUGGACCUAUUUUGUACAUGAUACUUGUGCAUAUGGAACACACUAUGGGGUCGGGUUUUGAGCUUGAGCUGUACCAUGCCGAAGAACGCGCAUGCAUGUACUGGGUCCUCGCCCUCGUGUACGGUGAGCAAUAUGCUUUAACGAAGGAUCAUACGUCCAGUUCAUGGCAAUGUAUGGCUCAUGCCUCGAGGGCACAACAACAUCUGUGUUCUGCUUUGGCUAUCUUGCAUGUACAGACGCAUGGAAACCAACUCUCUCGGACGCACGCCGCGUUUGCUCGACGACUGAAGUGGCUUCGCAGGCCACCAUGGUGUUCCCCGCCUCGCCUAUGCAUCGCAACAUCUUACGCUCCGUUUGAUGUCAAUAUGUGCUGGAAAUCAUAUGAAUCAUGGCAUCAGACGACGCUUUCACAGCCAAUGCAUGCACCAGCAUUGCAUCAUCUCGACCAAAGUGUGAUUUACGCGAAACACGCGAUGGAAGCUCGAGUCUCUGAUGCAUCUGCGAUAUUAUGUCGCCGUGAACGUCGAACUCUGGACCAGCAUAUAUUGGAUGUGGCACUAGCACUUGGUGCAUGGGUUCGUAUGCAUCCCUCUCAGGGGCCGGUGGAGUCUUUGUGGACAAAUUCGCAUCAUCCAUGGUAUGAUACACUACAACCCCUACUGUUGGACGAUAAGACGCACUGA